UAGUACAGUGAGUUCAAAAUGAUUUCCUUUUUUUGAAAAAAAAAAAAUCUAAAAAUAAAAUAAUUUAUCAACAAUUUAGAAUAACAUUUGGCAAUGCCAUCCUAUUGUUUAUUUUUCGUCACAAAACAGAAACAGAAGGAAAAAGAAAAAACGAACAUGAACUUUGAAAAUGAAAACAAUAACAUAAACGAUGGAAAAUAAGUUGAUCAAAAUAAUUAUUGGUUAUUUUGUAUUUUGUGAAGUUCCGAAGCAAAAAUAUUAUGUAAAUUGCACAAGGAGAGAUACUAGAAGACACUAUGAUUAUAAUAAUAGCCCAUAAAAGAUUUGAAAAAUUUAAAAAAGAUAUGAGAAAAUGGAAUAUUUUCAGAGAUUAGAUUGUGCCGAAUGUUUUAAUAAUACUUUACCAAGAAAACGUGUUGUAAAUACUGAACUUAAAGAUGUUAAUAAAACCAAAUAUGGUUCAACUAUAAUUGCAUGUUUUAAAGUUUUGCAUUCCGAAUCAGAUCCAAAUAUUAAUUAUGAGAAGACUUUUCAACAAUUGCUAAAAAAUUAUUUUGCGCACAUUUAUCGAAUUCAAAGAAUUGUUCUAUUAAGAGAUGAAUCAGGAUAUCACAGAAGAGAUAAAUAUUUAUUUUUUCAUUAUUUAGUGGAAAGUGCUAAUAGAAAUUUCGCCAAAAUGGUUUUACGAGAAGGAAUUCGUGGAACAUGGAAAAAUCAAGAUUUUUCAUUAUCUUUAGCACCAUUUUGGUUACAGCCUUGUUUUAAGUCAUAUAUUAGAAAUAGUUUCCCAAGAAAUUGUGAUUUUUUCCUCGAAAGAAACUAUUUGGGAAAAUUAAAUGAUGACUGUUUAACAGAAAUUUCUAAAUAUCUUCCAUUACGGGAUCAAAUAAACUUAAUGAAAUUAUCAAAUCGUUUUGAAGUGAUAAUUGAUUCAAAAAUUAAAUUUACUGAAACAGAUUAUUUAUUUACUGAUAAAAAAGAUUUAUACUAUUUAUUUUUAAAAAAAGGUUAUUCUUUUAAAGAGGUUAUAUUAACUUCAGAAAAUGAUCAUGUAUUAUUUCUAUGUCAUUUAUUAAGUAAAUUUUGUAAAAAUUUAAAAAUUUUACGAAUUCAAAUAUAUUUAGAAAGCGAUUUUGCACGAAUUCUUGAAUUUCGAAAAAUUUUAUAUCGAUUUGAAAAGUUGGAAAUAUUUCAAGUUGAUGCUGAAUUUGAUCAAAAUAAAUUUUGGAAACAAACAUUUCGUUAUUUACCAGAAAGUAUGAAAGUUUUAAUCGUAAAUGAAGUUGGUGAUGAAAACUUCGUGGAAUCAUUUCCAUUUAUUCCAUUAAGUAUUGAUAAAAUUGUUUUUACAAAACUGGCUGGGUUAACAGAUAUCUCAAAGAUAUUGCAUGCUGUUGGAACAUUGAAAUUUUUCAAGGAAGUUAAUCGCCCCAAAAACUUUACAAUAUUUUAUACUGUUACAGAACGUUUGAAGAUUAAAUUGCAAAAUAAUCCAGAAUUCUUAGAAAUAUAUGAUGAGGGUAACAUUAUCUUAAUAGAAGACGCCUCCUUUUGGACAUCUAGUUUCGACUGAUUUAAUGUUGCUUAUAUAUUCAUGUGCAAUGUGUACAUGAUUUAUCUGUGAAUAUUAAUCUCACAAUAUGCGUUAAUUUUUAUGUAUGUGAUUUUUAGAGUAAACUAUUUUUAUAAAUUACCUAUAAGUUUAUAAAUUUUUUUAUUAGGAAUUUUUUUUAGUGUAACAUUAUUAUAACCGUUCAAAAUUCUAAAUG